AUGAAUAACAAUGCUCAACAACAGAAAAAAACUAUUCAUACAACAAGAAUAAAAUUUGAUGUAAAAUUAAUGAAUGAAAUAUUACCGUGGACAUUUAUGUCAAGAAAUGUACAUGAUGCGGCUAUUGAAGGACGAACAAAGGAUAUUGAAGAUAUGGCGAAAGAGGGAGCAGAUAUGAAUGAGCCAGAUGAUGUUGGUAAUACUCCCAUGUGGCUAGCGUACAUGAAUAAUAAUCUCGACACCGUUUUCGCACUACUUGAACUCGGUGUUGAUAUUAAUCGUCGAACGGGUACAAUGCAAGCAUCUGAUGUUCACCGAGGAUGUGGAUGGGGAGAUGAUGUUUUUAUUGAAAUAUUAAUUGAUUGUGGUGCCAAUGUUAAUUUAGAAGAUGGUUGCAGAAAAACACCAUUAAUUUAUGCCAUUGAGUAUCGUACAUCAUUGAAUAGUGAUCAAUCAACAAAUGCAAAUGAAGAUUUAAUUCGUUUUUUGAUUGAAAAAGGAGCUAAUAUUAACCAUAGCGAUAUAUCGGGUUUAACACCGUUACAUUAUGCCUGUUAUCGUGGUGAUGUUAGAAUUGUUGAUUUGUUACUGACAUUAAAAGCCGAUUAUAAUUUUGAAAAUGCACUUGGUUAUUCACCAUUUCGAUAUUCAUUAGGUUGUCUAUCAUAUGCUAAUCCAAAUGAUAAAGAUAUUUAUACAAAACGAUUAAAUGUUGUUGAAUUAUUAGUAGAGCAAUUUUCUAGAGAUGAACUGAAAAAAGCGAUUAUUGGAAAUGGUAUUCCAUUCUUAUUUCCAUUAUUUGAUUUUCUAUUUUAUAGUUUAAUACAACAACGACAUGAUUUAGAACAAAUUGGAUGGGAUACAUUUCUUGAAACAUGUUGGCCAUAUGAUUCGACAUAUGGUACAUCAUUAGUGGCUCAAAAUAUUCUAGUAUUUAAUCAAAAUUUGAAACAUAUCAUUUAUUUUUUACAACGUAUGUAUUUAUGCGAUUAUACAAAUUUAAUAAUAUUUUAUUUACAACGUGUUCUAAAUGAUAAAGAGCCUAAUCGUUUUUUACUAUUAUUAUAUUGUACAUUUGUUGAUUAUGGUCAUUUAUCAAAACAAAUAUUUAAAACACUUUUGUAUACACAACGGACAUAUCUAUUUAAAUUAAGACGUGAUUCAAUUAAAAGUUUAAUUCAUCUUUGUCAACAAACACCACCGAGACUUUUAUUUUUAUGUCGAAAAACGAUUCGACAAAUUUUACAAACAGCUAUACAUCGAAAAAUUGAUUUAUUAGAAAAUUAUAUACCAAAAAAUUUGAAAAAUUAUUUAUUAUUAGAUGAAUUACAAUUAUUCUCUACACCGAUAACAAUGAAAAAAGUUAUGUCACUAGUGAAUAAAUCGAUAAGAAUUAAUUCAACGAUAAAUAUUUUUAAUAAUAUUCAAGUAUCAACCUUAACAACUACUACCAUAUCUCCGACUACUAUAUCUCAUAUUCAAGUCAAUAAAUCGGCUAUACCUAUCACUAUUUCAAAUUCAACAUUGUCAACGAGUUCCCAAACGACAUCUAUCUCAUCUACAUCAACAACCGUAGGAGAACAAGUUCAACAACAACCUCAAUCAUCUAUCCUUUACAUGUGUAAUAUUCAAUCUCCUAUUCGUGUUCGACGCCAGGAAGAUCGGGCAAGGCAUGCGGCCUUCAGAGCAGCUGAGACUCCGGAACAGAGACGCAGUCGGGUCGAUGACCAGCGUACAGGACAAGCAGCUUGUGCAGCAGCUGAGACUCCAGCACAGAGGCAGGUUCGACGCGAGGAAGAUCGGGCAAGGCAUGCAGCCUCCACAGCAGCCGAGACUCCUGAGUCAUAA